AUGGAUGGGGCAGCGUCGGCCACCCUGCAGCUGGAGCCCUUCAACCCGGCGACGGACUCCUGGAGCCAGUGGGAGGAGCGUCUGCACUACUUCAUCGAAUGUAACGGCAUUCAAGGCGAGAGCAGGAAACGCGCCACGCUGUUGACGGAGAAGGUGGAGGCCCAGCUUCAGAAGGACAUCGACAGCGGCGUCCUGGAGGAAGUGCAGAACAGCAGCUGGGCGGCGCCCAUUGUUCCGGUGCUGAAGAAGGACGGGAAUGUCCGAGUCUGCGGCAACUUUAAGUUGACGGCCAACCGAGCGAGAGAGAUUGAAAAGGUUCUCCAGGGCAUACCCAACGUCAUUGUUUUCCUGGAUGACGUUCUGAAAGACGCCAGAUCCUGGCACCGGGACCAAGUGCGCGCCCAACAGGCGGAGCAUCUGGCCCACUCUGGGCACCCGAGCCGCGCCGAGACACAAAUGAACCUCACCCAGGCCCCGCUCACCUCCAUCCAGGCUCCACCCACUCGAAACGACGACUCAGCAGAUGACAACGAUGACAACGAGCAAUCGCCGCGAGAGUCCAACAGAUCGCGACACUCCAUGGGCUCUCAGGAAAGAAUGGCUGACAACAAUGAAAGUGCGUCACACCCGAGGGCCGGCCAGCCAUGGCUGAAGCGGUUCCGGGAGCAGCAGCAGCGUGUUCAGGGGGUGGUCGAGCCACGGCUGGCCGGGCCUGAGAUAAGCCGUCCGGCGCCAGGGCUGAGCCGGCCGCCAUCUCCGCCGCCGCUGCCAGCCUCUGCCUACGGGAAGGAGGUGGUGCCCCUUCCUCCGCUGCAGCCGCCUCCUCCCCAGGCCAGAAGGCAGCGCCGGGCGGCCCCAAAGGCACGCCAGGCCGGCGCCUCAGCUGCGCUGCCCCCGCCGAGGACUGCCAGCCCUGCCAUCAGCCCUUCGAGGAGGACAGCAGCGGCCUAUCUGGCCAUCGCCAGGCAGCGGUAUCGGCGGCAGCAGCAGGCGGAAAGGCGGCAGCUGCAGUCGCAGGCCAAGAGGCCCUGCCUGGAGCCUAAGCAGCCGGAGCAGCCACCUCCACAGCAGCUGCCGCCGCCUCAGCAGCCGGAGCCGGUGCGGAGCGGGAUGCUUCGGCUGGCACGCAGUCCGGGCCCGAGCCCGCCCGUGAGGGCAGCGGCAGCCUCGCUGGCUCGGGCCAGGGCAGGAAUUUUACGGGAUAAAAAAGUCGACGUCGUAGUCGUCGUCGGAGCCACCAAAGCUGAAGCUGCCAGGCCUGAAACGGCGGAAGCACCGGAGCUGGAGCCGUCAGCAGCCCUGGAGACGGAGGCAGCCUCAGAGCCAGCGGCAGCACCGGAGCUGGAGCCGUCAGCAGCCCUGGAGACGGAGGCAGCCUCAGAGCCAGCGGCAGCACCGGAGCUGGAGCCGUCAGCAGCCCUGGAGACGGAGGCAGUACCGGAGCCAGCGGCAGCACCGGAGCUGGAGCCGUCAGCAGCACCGGAGCUGGAGCCGUCAGCAGCCCUGGAGAUGGAGGCAGCCUUGGAGCCAGCGGCAGCACCGGAGCUGGAGCCGUCAGCAGCCCUGGAGACGGAGGCAGUCCCGGAGCCAGCGGCAGCACCGGAGCUGGAGCCGUCAGCAGCACCGGAGCUGGAGCCGUCAGCAGCCCUGGAGACGGAGGCAGUCCCGGAGCCAGCGGCAGCACCGGAGCUGGAGCCGUCAGCAGCACCGGAGCUGGAGCCGUCAGCAGCCCUGGAGAUGGAGGCAGCCUCGGAGCCAGCGGCAGCACCACCGGAGCUGGACCGGAGCUGGCGCCGUCCGGCGCCAGGGCCGAGCCGGCCGCCAUCUCCGCCGCCGCUGCCAGCCUCUGCCUACGGGAGGGAGGUGGUGCCCCUUCCUCCGCUGCAGCCGGUUCCUCCCCAGGCCAGAAGACGGCGCCGGGCGGCCCCAAAGGCACGCCAGGCCGGCGCCUCAGCUGCGCUGCCCCCGCCGAGGACUGCCAGCCCUGCCAUCAGCCCUUCGAGGAGGACAGCAGCGGCCUAUCUGGCCAUCGCCAGGCAGCGGCAUCGGCGGGAGCAGCAGGCGGAAAGGCGGCAGCUGCAGUCGCAGGCCAAGAGGCCCUGCCUGGAGCCUAAGCAGCAGGAGCAGCCGCCUCCACAGCAGCUGCCGCCGCCUCAGCAGCCGGAGCCGGGGCGGAGCGGGAUACUUCGGCUGGCACGCAGUCCGGGCCCGAGCCCGCCGCGCACUACCGAGGACCCAGAAGCCGGCGCCAUGUCCUCACCGGCCGCCCCUCAGGCCUCGCCCUCCGUCCGGUCCGUCACCGACACCGACACCGACACUGACGACCCCGCUCCAAGGCCGUCCCGCCUCUCCAAACACUCGAGCGGCUCCGCGGAGAGCCUCAGCAGCGGCCAGUCAGAGGCCGACACUAUCUCCCUACAGCUCGACGAGCUAGACACUACCAUAGUCAGCGCCCCCACCCCCUCACCGCCGCCCCACGACACUCCACCGCUCCGCCGGAACAACACCGUUCCCUUGAGCCUGGCCGACCUGGAUGUGCUGGAGUCAGCCAGUUCGCGAAAAGGUCCCGCCGCCGCGCCCACGCCCUCCGCGCCCAACACAAACAAGCGAGGACACGCCUCCGCCGGCGAGGCCGCCGCCUCCCCCGAACGAAGGCAGCACCGGAGAAAGCGGCAGCACCGGAGCUGGAGCUGCCAGGACGGAGGCAGCCCCGGAGCCGCCUGCAGCCACGGAGACGGAGACGGAGCCGGAGCCCCAUGUCUCGGCAGUUCCUGA